AUGCAAUCCCUACUUAAUCAGUGGUGGGAAUCUCAGUCAUCGAAUCCUACAUGCAACUUAACGCGAAAUGCAGUUACAAGUUUACUAAAACUAGCAGAAUCAGAUGCAGAGAGAAAAAGAUUAAGAUAUGCAAUAGUGGGCGCCGCAGGUCUCUCCAACAAAAAAGCAGCAAAGGUGUACGGAUUUGGAAACAUGACGUCGGUCGUUUCAGAAGUAGAGGAAGCAUUAAAGGAGGCUCAAGCAAUUCGAAAGGUUAUCGAGAAAUUGGCAGAACUCAAAGAUAAAGAGCUUAUGAAAUCUCUAGGAAUUUCAAAUGAUGAGAGUAGCGAAUCAGACAGCGGAGAAGAAAGCGAGACAGACAAUGAAGGCAGUGAUGUAGAUGACAACAAUCAUGAUGGAAACGGCUACAAUAACGAUGAUGGUUUGGAUUCUAAUCGUCUCAUUGCUGUGUUACAACAAUGCGACUUUAACUGGCUGGAAUUUGUGAGUCAGAUUGAAAAGGAUAAACCAAAGAUUGAUAAGAAUACAAUGGAUAGUUUACUAGAAGAUUUUGCUGCAGAACUGCCUAAUCUAGGCGUUAGUGAACACAAUAACAAUUUAAUUCAGCAAUCACGACAGGUGUAUCAUGAACAGCAGUUAUUACUUGAGCAACAAAAUGACAUUACUAAUGGUAUGAUUGUUUCGGAUGAGGAAUCUGAUAAUCCUGAAGAAUAUCUUCAUGUACGUGAACCAUUGGACGAUGCUGGUAGGACGUUAAUAAUGAAGAGAAGAGCUGCUAUCCGUAGGAAGGCUAAAAGAGAUAUAAAAAAAAUAGCAGAGAGGCGCUUUCUAAUGCGCAGAAGAAGCAAGAGAGUUGGUAAAAUUUUAAAAGAUUACCCUGAUAUUGGGAAGACCAUCGAAGAAUUUGUCAAAAAUUGUGGAGUUGGGGCUGACGCCUGGCGUAGAACAGGCAUUUACACAUUUGAUGGUAAUAGGCGUCAGGAAAAGAAAGUCACCUUUAAACGAAUACAAGACCACCUGCAGUCGACAUACCAUCGUUCUUUCAGCUAUGGGACAGUCGUACAACUCUGCGUUGCUCGGAACAAGCGCCGAAAAUCUGCUAUGAGAUACAAAGGCUUAGCUAAAGGUGUUCAAAAAAGGGCUCGAAAAGGAUUUACCAUGAAGUAUAACCCGGAUGUACAUUGGAGUGCGGCGCUCUAUCGAGGAUUAGAUCAUCUCCAAUACACAGACGGUAGCAAUAUAGUAAAUUUUGGUCGCGAUGAUCAGUCUGGAUUUAGACUGGAUACAAUGUCAACACACAAACAACAUGCAACACUUUGCCUCCGUGAUGAGCCCCCCCUGACGACUUGCGUAGAUUAUGUCAAUCGGUAUCCAUCUGUGUUACAAACUACGUCCUACAAUUUUCCUGCGACAGAAACAACUGGCGAGGUCUGCGUUGGUGUGGUGAAAGCUCAAAAACUUUUCCCCAAGAAUCCAGCUCAACACUAUGCCGAUCUUACCAUGGUUGUUGAAGGGAAGGAAGAAGUGAAGCCAGCUUUCAUUAACCAUACAACGGGAAAGCGAAAGGCAGUUGAAUGUAUUCGUGUAGACGGCGCGGGAGACGAAGGUCUACUCCAUGAAGAAGUGCAGUAUUGGUGGACUAAACAGCAUUUUGAGAGAGGAAGUAGAGCAAUGCUUGUGUCAACCAGAAAUAGUGGCUCAAGCUACAGAAAUCGAGUCGAAUUACAGAACGGUUGCCUGGCACUGGGUCAUGCUAACACAUUUAUUCCACCAACCCUACAUGGCUCUUGCAUAGAGAAUGGGCAAAGCAACGAAGAAAUCCUUUUUAAAAAUCUGCACACAGCAAUAGAUGUCUACAUCAGUCGUGUUAAUCAUUCACCGUGUGCGGAUACGGUUAUCAAUCUUUGGAAAGGUGCUGAUAGCAGCUUACAGCAGGAAGAGAGGAAAGCAGUUAACAUCUUUCUUAAGGGUAAAAAGGAUGUGAAGAUGCAGCUUCAGAAAGAACAGCCUGAGCUUUUUCAGAAUAUAAAGAAGAUAUGGAACCUUAGAACAAACCAUAUGACACCGAAUCUUCCUGGUCAGUAUUUGUUCUUUUUACAAUGUUGCUACAAGAAAGGAUGUGUCCAUCCAAUUUGUCAGACUGGUGUACAAGAAGAGAUAGUAUGGUAUCCACAAGGUCCUCCAAUAAACUAUCUUCCUAUUCCAACGCCAGAUCCGACUAGACCUUAUGGUAACAAUCGGUGUGAAGAAUGUAGUGGAUUCUGUGCUGGUCAUUACAUGAAGCCCAAUCAACUGAUAUCUCUGGCAAAAACUGCAGGAACGACGCCUAUCUGCAAGCCACCAUCCCAAGUUAUUUUGGAAUCAUUUAAAACGAACAAAGGCAUUCCAGAUGAAAAUGCUGUCGAAGCUCUUUCAAAGCAAGUAUUGUUACCCGUUGAUGAAGUAAUGAUGUGGUUAAAGCAUCUCAAGACCGUACAGGAAAAUCGAGUAGAAGGAGCUCGAAAAGCUGCAGCAACACGUAAAAAUAACAGACCAACUGUUAGGGAAGAAGAAAAAGAAGAUCAAUGUUAUGUAUGCAACAUGGAAGAACCGCCCAAUUUUGAUGGCGACGAUGAUGAAAGCAUUGACUGGAUUGAAUGCGAUGCAUGCGCAAAUUGGUUUCAUGCCUUUUGUGUCGAUUUGACUGGAAUUUUACCAGACCUUUGGCAUUGUCCAUCUUGUAAUUAA